AUAAAGAGAAUUUUUUUUAUAAAGCAUUAAUGAAAUGACAAAAUAAAACUAGUUUAUACAAGUGGUGUGGAAAAAUUAUAGACAAAAGAUAAAGAAAAAUCGAACCUAAUUUGAAUGAUAAUUCUAAAACAUCUCUAAACAAGCAGCGACUUCAAUUAAACUAUUCAAAUGACUGUAAAUUCAAUAUCAAGUGAUAAAGAGACUAUAGGUGUAAGAUUUAUAAGUGCAGGUAUAUCAGCCUGUGUUGCUGACUUUAUCACCUUCCCUUUAGACACAGCCAAAGUUAGACUCCAGAUACAAGGGGAAAAUUCAAAUAUUCUAUCAAACAAAUUAACUAAACCAAAUGUGAUAAAUUUAGAUCAAAUGCCAAAAAAUGUUUCUGCUUGUAUUACAAAAUCAACAUACCCUAAUAAAACUAAUUUAAUAAUAACCCGUGCCCUUUACAAAGACAUUAAUAUUUCCAUUCCUAACAAUAAUAUCAAUGUAUCAACCAAAGUAUAUAAUGGGCUUUAUGGAACUAUCAAAACUAUUGUAAAGCAGGAAGGUUUUAAGGCUUUAUAUAAUGGGCUUGUAGCUGGCCUACAAAGGCAAAUGAGCUUUGCUUCUAUUAGAAUUGGAAUGUAUGAAACUGUUAGAACAAAAUAUGAAUCCAUCUUAACAAAUGUCACUAAAUCAAAAACACUGCAAAAAGAUCAUAACAUUAAGUUGCGUAUAAUGGCUGGAAUAACUACGGGGGGCUUGGCAGUAUUAAUAGCUCAGCCAGCAGAUGUUGUAAAAGUUAGAUUACAAGCUCAAAUACCACAACUCAAUAAGGAUCUCAAAAGUGGAGGAGUUAGAUAUAAUGGAGCAAUGCAUGCUUACAAAACAAUAUACAGAACAGAUGGUCUCAAAGGAUUGUGGAAAGGAAUACUGCCUAACAUGACUAGAAAUGCCGUUAUAAACGCCUGCGAGUUGGUAGGGUACGACAUAUUCAAACAAUACAUCUUAAGAAAUACUCGUCUAAGCGAUAAUUUUCCUUGUCAUUUUUUGUCUGCUUUCGGGGCCGGCUUUAUAACCACGCUCAUAGCUUCCCCCAUCGAUGUGGUGAAAACCAGAUUCAUGAAUUCUGCUUCUAACAACUACAAAGGUUCCCUACACUGCGCCUAUCGUAUGCUAACCAAAGAGGGCCCCGUAUCCUUUUACAAAGGAUUUACCCCAUCAUUCAUGAGACUUGCUUCUUGGAACAUAGUCAUGUUUGUUUGCUACGAGCAAUUAAAACGCCAAAUACUGUAUUUGAAGCAAUCAGUUCAUUAAAUGUUAAUUAACACAAAAUGUCGGAUGAAAAUUUAAAAAGAUUUUUGGAUCUUUUAAUAUAGAAAUGGUUUUAAACCUCCAAUUAGCAUUUAGAAAAAUAUUAUAUUAUAAUGAUAUUUUAAAUUUUAUAAACUGGGUAGUCAAUUACUUAUUUAUAUAUAAUUUUUUUUAAAAUUAGACAAUGUUAAUGUAUUUAUUAUAUUUAAAAAAAAUUCAAACAUACAAUCAAGGCAAAGGAAGCCAUCAUUAUAAUUUUUAUUUAUAUUAUCUAAUAUAUAAUCUUGAAAGUUA